AUGGGAGCUUCGUUGUGCGCUCCAAAGAAAAAGAAAACGGUGAGAAAUUUUUUGUUUGAAAUGAAAAAUGCCAGGAAACUCUAGCACCAUUUUUUAACUUCUUUUGAAGUUUUAUGUCGUGAAAAAGAAGGGAUCAUUUUUUUAAAAAAAUGUAUCUAUAUAAUAUAAAAUGUAUCUAUAUAAAAUAUCUCUCAAGCACGCCAGGUGAGUUAUCAGGUACACAGGCACAUUUAUGUUUUACCUAAAUAAAAUUUAGACUUUUUUUUUGCUUUUGAAUUUUUUUUAAAUAUUCAAUACUCAACGAAUUUCAUUGGUACCUGACCGUGUAGCGCCCAUUCGCUUUAAAAAUUUUUCAAAGCUGCGCCCGACCAAAGACGACUUUCGCGCCUUUGCCAAAAAGUUUUGAAGUUUUUCCCCUGAGCAACCGCAACGACUUAUAACAUAUUAUAUGUUAUCAGAAAACUUCAUAUAGUUUCUUUUCGUUUCUCACAUUCUCAUUAUUCAAUUUUCAUUGAAAUUCCCGAAUUACUGUCUUUUUCUCCAGCAAGUAGGAGCCAGUUGGGUGGGCAACGAGUCGGAAAACCCGUUCGAUGUGUCGCUAACGAAGAAGGAUCGCACCUGUCUCCGUGAAACUUUUCAGGUGCCUUUUUUAUUUUUACUGAUAUCUUGAGGAGAAGUAGAAUGUUUUCAAUCAGACUACAAAUUUACAAAAGUUCACAACCUUUCAGACAUUAAACAAGUAUUGGCGAAAAAAAAAUUGUGGUUGGCUGCUAUUUUGUAUCUUCCAGGUUGAAGGGCUCAAAAAUCUACAAACCUCUUGAAAUUUUUUUUUCAAACUGGAACGAUUUUUCUCGCAUUUUCAAAAUUUUACUACAUUGAAUUAUAGAUUCUGAUGAAAUCGUUUCCAAUAGAAAAAUAAAACUUAGUUUACAGGGAUAGACGUGAUAUUGUUCACCUGGCUAUGAAAAAUAUCAUUCGAGUCUCCCCUGCGAAAAUUUUUAGUUGCCACUCUAGGGUUUAGACUUUUAAAUGGCCACUAUAGUAGUAAAAACAGUGAACACUUCAGAAGUCUAAGUGGUACUAGACCAAUGAACAUUGUAGUGGCCAUUUUAGUGUAUUCUCCAAAUGGUCCUUGGAGAAUCCCUUAAGUGGGCUCUCUCUCAGACAGGCUUUUUUUUUAAUCUUGAAAGCUAUUUCGUUUGCCGCAAAACAUAAAAAAGAAAACUAGGAACUUUAGAGAUUAGAAGAACCGAAAGAGGUGGUCGGGCUGAUCUUCGUCGACAUCGUCAACGACGUCGAGCCGGACCUGAAGAAGGUCUUCGGCGUGGACCGAGCGCCGCGGCCUGUCAUGCUCAAAAUGCCCAAGUUUGGGGGUCAUGUUGCUCGGUUCACUGACCUUCUGGAUCAGGUAGGACUUUUUUGACUUGAGAAAGUUCUGAAGCUUAAACUUGAGUCUAUAUUAUAAAAAUGUUGGUUGCAGAUUUGAAAUCCUUGACAGUGUCCCGAAAAAAAAAACCAAUUUUUUUCAUUCGAGUUAAAUAAAGCACGACCUUUUAUAAUUGCGAGUUUUUGACCUUAGAAUUCUAAGUUGAUCACUUUACAAAGCUCUUUUUCUCUCUCUAAAAUAAUCUCAAAAUAUCAAGAUGACGCCUGUUGGACACAACGUCUUGCUCUCACGCUCCAAUCUUUUUCCCUCAAAAGACACAGAAAACCAAUACGACUAUCUAAAUUAGUAAAGCGUGAGAAAUUCAGACUCUCACAAUUUGGGUUUUUUUCGGCAAAAAAGAAAGAUUGUUUCCUAAUCUUUGAAUAGGAACUAGUAUAAGGUAGUCUUCUCAAAUGGAAAGAGCUUUUUUUUUCGUGACUGAGCCCAUUUGAAGUCAGAAAUUCGAUAGUUACAGUUAACUUCCAUGUUGGGCUACACGGAAAAUUUGACGGGAGCCUGGCAAUUGGUCCGGAAAACCGGAAGAAGCCACGUUCGGCAAGGGUCAGUUUUCUUCUUUUUAUUCCAAAUUUUUGCUUCUUCAGAUUCCUUGAGCUCAACCAGAAUCAGCUAGAGAAAAACUAUUUCGAAGUCGUGCUCAACGUCUUCAUCGAUCGUUUUAUACCUUAUUUGACGGGAGAACAGGUUUGUUGAGUUCGAAAAUCUUUUUAAAUUAGUGAAUAAAAGGUUUUUUAUGAAACCGGGAUUAUUCAAGACCGAUUAGCACAUUAAAAUAACGUUGGAAAAAAGUAGAAAUACAGUUUUUUUAAAAGCAAAAAAAGCUUCAGAAGAUCUCAAAAACAGUAAAAAAAGUUUAUGAAAAAACUGAAAAAGCGCUCCAAAAAACUUUUCGAGUCUGAUUGAUUUCAUUUUAUUCAAACUGAAUUGAAAUUUCAGAAAAAAAUUAGCGAUUUGAUUUUUGAUAAUUUUUUUACUAGGAAAGUAAGACUUUUUCCAAUUCUCUAGGACAGCAGUUCCAUUUAGAAAAAUUGAUCCUUCAAAGGAGGAUAUUUAAAAAAAAUGAUAGUUUAAAAUAAGGUUUUUCUCGAAUUUAUAAUAAAUCAUGUACAUUUCUUGCUUAAAAUCUCUUACUUAACACGAAAUAUGAACUUGGUAGCAAAAAUCCGCCCUUUUUUAGCAAUUACCAAAGGCGGCUGGAUCGGAAAACGAUCAGAAGAAAGUCCGGUUCGCUAACAAUUAUCAACCUCAACAGAUUCAAGAUAUUUGGAAAAAGUACGAUUUUCCUAUUUGUAAAAUGAAAAACGAGGAGAUUUCAGAUUCUUCACCAUAUUAGCCGCCCAAAUGACAGAUUCGUUCGAGUUGGAAAGAGCGAAACAAAGAAACGCCCAAAGUCAGAAAGCGCUGGCCCCGCAUCAACACAUUGAACAAAGCGAACGGAAAAAGAAGAGGAUUCAGGUGAACUUUCGUUUUUUUAAACGAUUCAAAGGAAUUUAUGCGAAAGUAGAUCAAAACUCGGCAACUUCAACGACUCUUAGAGCUUUUCUCUGCGAUUUAAGGGGGGUUUAAAAAGAAGGGCUCGAAUUUUUUUUCACGUUAGUCCCGGCAAGUUUGCUCCACGGAAAAAGUGCAAAAAUUUAUUCAAUGAAUUUUUGGUUCAAAAAAAGUGUUGUUUUUCAGUGUUCAAAAAAAUGAACUCGGUGGAUUUCUGCGCGAAAAAUUCUAUUCGGAAAAAAAACUUGCGAACCUGAUAAAAGGCGACCACGUUGGCUGUUCUGAGCACGGAAGGGUAGCAUGAAUAAACUUGAAGGGAAAAAAUCGCCACGGACACUUUUCGAGCCAAAAAAUAGACGACUUGAAUCCAAGUUUGUUGUAGAUCAAAUUCAUGAGAUCUUUCGUUGACCUCUUUCUUGCUUUCUCUAAAAAUUUCCUUUUCUCUUGGUCCUUCAUGAAAUUGCUUCUCGGACAUUGAAGGCGCAAAACGGACGUUCCUCGGACGUUUCUGAGCAAUUUUUGGGAUCGGCUAAGAGUUCUGAUGAUACUAAAGUGACCACUAGAAAUGCCUUAACACGUCUUAUUCGCUUCCGUUUCACGUUACCAUCGUUCGAGUCUGAACUUCAUUUUUUGAGCUUUUCUCCGUAGAACGCGUUUACGCUCAAAAAGCAGCAGUUUUUUCUCAUCAUUAAGAAGCAAAAAAUGAAAUAUUUCAGGAAAAACAGAGCGAAAUCGAGAAUACGGCGAGCUCCCACGAGCCGAAAGAACAAGAGCAAAUGUUCGAGGAUCCAUUCUAA